CAAUUGCCCAACCAUGCAUCUCGACGACAACGCGUCGGAAGAACUCAAGGCUUGGGUCGUCAAGCGCUUGGAGGACAUCUCAGACGCAGACUCGGACGUUCUCGCCGACUAUGUCAUCGCUCUGAUCAAGUCUGACGAGUCUGACGACCAAGUCAAGCAAAACUGUCAGGACAACUUGCUCGACUUUUUGCACGACAGCACUCCUCAAUUUGUCAACGACGUCUUCGCCCACCUCGCGAACUCCGACUCUAAGCCCUUACAGCCCACCGCGACCGNNCUUUCCAACCUACUGCGCCCGCCUUCCAACCUAGCGAACCCCCCCUUCAAUCCUCCCUCGGGCCCCUCAAGGAAGCGCGACUUCAACGAUAGCAAUGCAUUCGAUAAUCACGCUCAAGGUUACCAGCAAGAUCGUCCCAUGAAGCAAAUGCGACGGGGUGGACGCGGUGGUCAAAGAGGAGGUUUCAUGGGUCCAAUGUCUGGCGCCCCUCAGUCCCUGCCCCCAUUCGAUCCGAACAACCCCAUGGCCGCUCUUAUGGCUAUGCAGCAAGCCAUGGGUCUACCCGGUAUGCCUACCAUGCCUGGAAUGCCACAAAUGCCCUUCCCUGCCUCACCUGGUGCUUUUGGCAACUCUGCACAAACCCCGCGCUCUGGUCAGAGAUGCCACGACUACGAUACAAAAGGCUUCUGCGCGCUUGGUGCUUCGUGUCCUCAUGAGCAUGGCAACGAUCCCGUUCUGGUUCCUCAGCAACAAGCAGACGAGUACGAUCCUACAAAUGCAUCAAUAUCGCAGGGCCGUCCGUUCUCCGAUAGAGGACGCGGUCGUGGUCGCGGUAGAGGCGACAGAGGUGCUUUCCGUGGUGGACGCGGAGGUCGCGCCGAUUUCUCGUCUGCUGGUCCAAACCACGAUCGCUCCAUUACACAGGUUGUUGUUGAGCAAAUCCCCGAGGAAAACUUUAACGAACAAUCUGUCCGCGACUUCUUCUCCGAAUUUGGAACCAUUGAAUCGGUCGAGCUGCAGGAUUACAAGCGUCUAGCCAUCAUCAAGUUCGAGGACUACGACAGCGCAAAGAAGGCAUACGACAGCCCUAAGGUCAUUUUCGAUAAUAGAUUCGUCAAAGUCUACUGGUACAAGCCCGAAAGAAUGCAACGGGAGCGCCACCAGAAUGGCUUCGGCAAGAGCGAUGGUGAUGUCGACAUGCAAGAAGAGGAGAAGAUUGACCCUGUCGAGUUCGCGAAGAAGCAAGAAGAAGCACAACGCGCUCACGAAGAGAAGACCAGGAAGAUCAAGGAGGCCGAGGCACAGCGACAAGAGUUGGAGCAGAAGAUGAAAGCUCAGGCUGAAGAACGCAGCAAACUGCUCGCCAAACUCGCUGCGAAAGAGAGAGGAAAGUCAGGUACUCCAGACCAAGCAGGUCCCCGAGGCGCAUGGCGAGGANGGAAGAGGCGCUUUGCUCCUCGUGGGGGUGCUGUCAGAAGGCUAGACAACAGACCCAGGACUGUCGCAGUCGUCUUCCCGAACAACGAGCAAAUGGACUCUCAGAAAGACGAGGCGCUAAGGCAAUACCUACUAUUCUCCACGCAAAUCAGCCCUCAUCCUUCACGCUCAGACGCGGCCAUGCUGGCAUUCUCCGAGCGCUAUCAAGCUGAGAAGUUCCUCAAUCAUGGCUCUGACAUUCCUCAUCUCGGCAAGGUCGAGCUUUCAUGGAUGGCGAACCCUGCUCCCAGCACUCCUGCCGCCUUCACACAGCCAGCCUCCGAGACAUCCAAGGAUGUCAACAUGGACGAACCUCAAGAUCUUGGACCUCCUAGACCAGCAGCCGAGAUGGAUUACGACGUAGCCGAUGAUGAUGACAACUGGUUGGUUGAA